AUGGAGCUGGGCCACCGAGCAGUGCCUGGGCCUGACACAGGGCUCCCUCAGCGCGUGAAUUGGGUCAAUAUCGGCUCUCUGAGCCAGGGCCCGGCCAGUGAAGCGCUCAUCACCCCAGAGGGCACAACGACUUUGCCCAGGGCCCAUCUGAACAGCAAGGAAGACCAGCAGGACACGAACCCCUGGAGAACUGCCCCCAGCCCUUUGGACACCUCCAAGUUCAAGUACGAGGCCCCAGUCUCCCCACAGCAGACUCUGUACCGGGGAGGCCGCCGCCUAAGGCAGGUCCACCUGGAGGAGGUCAGGACUCCACCCCCAUCGGUCAUCAGCAGCGACCGUCUGUGCCCGGGGAUGGACCCCCAGCGUGGGUCCCCGAGGAAGGGAGGCUACAGACCCUCCUCGAGGGAGAGCAGGGCUUCUUUCCGAGAGGGGGCUCAGCUGAACCAGGGGCUGAAGGAAGGCCCCAACACAGGAGCCCAGGGCCAGAGGAGCAGCAUCAUUCCUGACAACAUUCGUCACAAGUUUGGGAGCAACGUGGUGGACGAGCUGGUCUCUGAGGAGCAGGCUCGAAGGGCCAUCGGUGAGGUCUCUGAGGGCCAGAAGAGGGCAAACUCAUGGCCCAGCAGGACCCAGAGUCCCAUGAAAAUCACCUCCAUCUUCUCAGACUACUAUGAUUUGGGCUACAACAUGCGAUCAAAUUUGUUUCAAGGAGCCCCCGAGGAGACGAAGAGCCUCAUGAAGGCCUCCUACACCCCAGAGGUGAUUGAGAAAUCAGUGAGGGACAUAGAGCACUGGCAUGGCAGGAAGACGGACGAUCUGGGACGGUGGCACCAGAAAAAUGCGAUGAAUAUGAACUUACAGAAAGCAUUGGAUGAGAGAUUUGGAGAAAAGAGCAAAAACAAGAGCUCAAAGUACUAGAUACGACUGGGAAGAGUUGCCCUCCACUCAGAGAAAGCGCUAACAAUAAAGAAAAACACAACUGAAUGUUCUCCUCUUCUUGUUGCUUCCCUUCACGUUGGGGUGGGGGCAGAUGUGCGGUACUGGAAAGACCAACUGGGGGAGGAGAGAAGCCCCAAGAGCCCAAACUCUCCUCAGACCUUCCCCCUAGACAUACACCCCUUCCCUCAUAAUUCCAGGACAGGAUGUGGGAGCUGAGCGCCGCUUGGCUUCUCCCUCAUGUCCUGUGGGAGGGGCCUCACAGUGGACACUGCGGGAGUUUACCUUGCAUGCCCUCCCU